AUGGCGCCCGACUCCCCUCGAGCCCCUACGCGUAAACGAGGGCGGCCUCGGAAGUAUGCAUCCGCCGAGCAAAGACAAGAGGCUAAGAUCAUAGCACAGCGAAACCAGCGACAAUCUGGUCGUGCUGUGGAGCGUGCGAUAGAAUUCGACCGGUAUUAUCCCACUACAAUACUAGCAUCCGUUUAUGUCGAUGAAGCUUUGCCAACCUACUUUCCCCCCGGCGAACUGACGAUUCCUACGGACAUUGAGCAGCUCCUACCGCCCCUCAGCCUAGGACUUAGACCACUAGACUUAUCUACAGAUGACAACCCGCCUACAAGCGAUGAGUGGCCGUUAGCUCCGCCCACUGACCUGACUGAUGAGCCAUUUCGGGCGAUAUCUCCGGAAACCCAACCAACAUGGCCUGAUCAGCGUAGCCCCAGGUUAGAAACCACAGAGACUUCGUUGCAGGUGGAUCCGCCUCUACAACGUUUGGCAUCUGCACAACCGGAAACACUAGAACCUAACGUGGCCAAUGUCAUGUGCGACUUCGCCCGACUACUUACUGAUCAGCUCCAGCAACACCAUAAUUGCUGCUACCAGUGCCAUACGCAGCAGGAGAGUGAGCACGAACUCAAGCACGCCGAGCAUAUCAGCUUAGGAGAAUAUAUGGACCAGGUUCAGGUCGAUGGGGGCUUUCCGGAUGUUCUCAGCGAUACGACCAUUGCCAGACGCGAGGACAACCUAGCAGGACAGACUAGUGCAGAACGAAAGCGUGAGAUUUAUACCGGGAUUAGUUCAGUCACGCCUGACGCUCCUCCCGCCCAUAUUUGCCUCGCUUUGGAUCAUCAAAGAGAACGCCCGACCGGGGUCACCUUUGACAUUGAUAGUAUCGUGGGGUUUGCGGAGAGCCUCGCGGUAGCGAAACUUGGCGUGCGGUGGAACCCAACUCAGAUGCCCGUCUCUGAUCUUCACUCGAGUCUCCACCUUGAUCCCCUUCGUGUACACUAUACUGGAAGCAAUGGCCGCACCCACCACGUCCAACAACCAGUACAUAACAUCCCGCAUUAUACCUUCGGGCGGUUGAUUGGAUUUGAAGAUAUUUCUCUCUACUUUCUGUUUCCGCGACUAUACCGGGAGGAGCAGCAGUCCAGCCGGCUCCGGGAUGAUGACUUUCGGGUCUGGAUGGAUCAAGUCCUCCUGCCUGCGGUCUACCAGCACUGCGAGGGAUCUCUAUUCCAGCACUAUCCUUCUAGCUUUGAUCACAGCCGGUUCAAUGCCACGGCCCGGGGAGUCGAGAUGCGCUCCCGGCGAGUGGAUCCGGUAGCUGGAGAGCAGCGUCUAUUUUAUUUCCUACCACCAGAUGCACUCCCGCUUAUAUGGGCGAAUAUCUUAGAGACUGUUCAGCGUGCUGGGUUCCAGCACUUCCUAGACGUGACUAUCCUGGUCCAGGGUAAAAACCUAAAGACAUUGACCAAAGCAAAUACGUGGAACGGUAUGAUGCAGGAGUUUGUCCAGCAUUGGGGUAACACGAUCGACGAGUCUUAUCUCUCCGAUCAAUUCUACAUCGACAUUGGGAAAGAGACCUGUCCUACUGGACCCUAUCUCACGGGGGGUGCUGUAGUCUACUAG